GAGAUAAAUAAGUUCCAAUCAGCGAUUUACUCAGAGGUGUAGUUAUCUCUUAAAAUUCGGGAAUAGCUAUAUUUCAUCUUUAAAUGGCAGAGCAACAACAACAUCUCGAAUCAGUACUAUUGAUUGGUGGUGCAGGCUUUUUGGGUUUGCAUUUAAUCCAACAAUUCUACCAAAUUCCAAAUCAUCCAAUAAUUCAUGUUUUUGAUGUUCGUCCAUUACCUGAAAAAUUGGCUUCAUAUUUCACUUUCGACGCCAAACAAAUAAUAUUUCAUCAAGGUGACUUGACAUCUCCUGAAGAUGUUAAAUCUGCUAUAUUGAAAAGUAAAUGUGAUAUCAUUGUUCAUUCUGCUUCGCCAAUGCAUGGUUUAAAACAAGAAAUUUAUGAAAAAGUUAAUGUUCAGGGAACCAGAAAUUUAAUUGAAUGUGCAAAAGAACUAAAAAUCAGAGGGAUAGUUUAUACUUCUUCUGCUGGUGUUAUAUUCAAUGGGCAAGAUGUUCAUAAUGCCGAUGAAUCAUGGCCCAUUCCAAAGGUUCCCAUGGAUGGAUAUAAUGAUACAAAAGCAAGAGCAGAAGAUAUGAUUUUGAAAGCAAAUUCAUUUGAGGACAAUUUUUUGACUGUUGCUUUACGUCCAGCUGGAAUCUUUGGGCCAGGAGAUCGCCAAUUGAUUCCUGGGUUAAGAUCUGUAGCCAAGUUAGGACAAUCGAAAUUUCAAAUUGGGGACAAUAAUAAUUUAUUUGAUUGGUCCUAUGCUGGAAAUGUUGCUGAUGCUCAUGUUUUAGCAGCUUUGAAAUUCUUGGAUCCAAUUGAUUCUAAAAAAAUUGGUGGUGAAGCAUUUUUUGUUACAAACGAUGCGCCAACAUAUUUUUGGACAUUAGCUAGAACUGUUUGGAAAGCCGAUGGACAUAUUGAUAAAUUUAACAUUGUUUUAAAUAGAUCUGUUGCCAUAGUUGUUGGAUAUUUAUCUGAAUUUUUCUCAAAGCUAUCAGGAAAAGAACCUGGAUUAACUCCAUUUAGAGUUAAAAUUGUUUGUGCAUUUCGUUAUCAUAAUAUCACCAAGGCUAAGGCUCUAUUGGGUUAUAAACCUCAAGUUAGUCUUGAAGAUGGAAUUAAGAAAACAUUGGAAUGGAUGGAUGAAGUCAAUUGAUAGCAUGACUAGUUUGGCAUUCCAUUUAUUUUUUUAAAUAAUAUUUUAAAUGAUAUUUUAAUAUUCUAUUCU